AUGGAAAAUCGUUUAGAAAAAAAUUUCAACAAAUUAAUCGAACGCUACAAAAAGACCAGCCAGUAACUAGAAUAAAUGAUCCAAACAGAACAAACCAUCUCUCAGCCAGUUACUGUCUAUCAAACAAGAUCUCGACAAAGCAGAAUUAAUUUCAAUGAUGAGUAAUCUUCUAUCAAUACUCAAUAGAGAGAGUUCAUCAAGAGAAAAAAAUAAUCAUUCAAUUGAGAGGAUAAGUAGACUUAGAGAAACCUUAAAUGCUAAAGAAUUGUAAGAAAAGGAAAAGUAAGAAAGAUUGAGAAUUUUGAAUAAAGAAUUAAAAGUAGUGAUCUCUAUCUAAAUUAGAUGACCCUAAAAGAUUAUAUGUAAGUAAAUAGAGAGUUGGAAAUUAAAGUGAAUCAAAGAGAAAAGCACAUCAAAUCAUUAGAAUAUGAAUUAAAGUCUAUUUAGGAUUCAUUUUACAAAGUAGAAAACAGUGCUAAGGAGAAUAGACUAAAAUGUGAAGGAUAAGAAAAAAUAAUUGAAGAGUUGUAGUAAUAAUAGUAUGACUCACAGCAGAAAUUAUUAUUGAAGAAAGAUAAAAUUUAAUUGUUAAAAGAGUAACUAAAAGAACAAGAAACAUAAUUUGAUGAGUAAGGAUAAAAUUUUGCUAAAGAAUUGGAACGAGUGUAAAGACUGUGUGAAGAUUUUUCAUCUGAAAUGUACAACUAUUUAAUUAAUAGUACAUAGUAAGAAUUAAGAGGCGUAAAAUAGAGGAUUAGAAGAGGAAAAAAUGUAACUUUUGGAAGAAACACAAUAAAAAGAAGCUUAAAUCAAAUACUUUGAUCAAUUGGUAUAGGAUUUUCGUUUUAGAGAUGAGGACAACUAAAAAUAAAUUGACUGUUUAAAUAAAGAGUUGCAAUAUCAAAAAGCAUAAACAUAGUAAUAUAUAAUAAAAUUUGAAGAAUGCUAGGAAAAACUAAAGUAAGUUUCUGAAAACACUCAAUAAACACUUUUAAACCUUGAAAAAGAAUCAAAAAAAUAUUAAGACUAAUUUCAAGAUAUAUUAAAUCAAAAAAAACAAAAAUCGAAUCAAACUAAGCUAAAGAUCGAGUAGUUAUAGUAGACAAUAUUGGAUUUAUAAAGGAAAAUAGACAAUGAUGUGAAAAAUAGAGAAAUUCAAGAAUAUGAUAUCAAAAAUUUAUAGUAAUUUAAUAAUGAAUUGAAACAGGUGACUGAUUAACAAGCAUAAAAAUUAUUGAAUUAAGAAGAAAAAAUAUAAUGUUUACAUUUAGAGAUAUCAAAAUGGAAGCAGAUAAGUUCAAAUUUACGAAGUCAAAUUAAUUUAAUGGAAUAAUAAUCUUCUUAAGAGUAGAUAAGGAUAGAAUAAGUAUGAUAUAUAUAUCAUCACUAGCUUAAAGACGAUAAUCAAAACUUAUCUGAUUCAGUUGUCUAAUUGUAAAAUUACGUUAGAAAUCUAGAGGACAAUCAUUUAGGGUGUAAAUAAUAGCAUGAAAAAUAAAUGGAUGAAAUUGAGAAGAAAAUAGAUGAUUUGGUUGAAUAAGGUCUAAAUGCUCAAGAGCAAUUACAAGAAUAAAUCAAGAAGGAGAAUGAUCUUAAGUAGAAAGUAAAAUAGUCAGAACUUGAGACAUAAAAGCAAUAGGAAAAAUGUCAGAAAUAUAAAUAAUAAUUAUAAAGUCUGAGACAUACUAUAAAGAUUGUAUAAAUGUUCAUAUAUUUUAGUUGGAUGAUAAAUUCAAAUAAUAUGAUUGUUAGGCUUAAUAAAUUUAAUUUUAAUCGUAAAAAUAGGUUGAAUUGCAGAAUUAAUAAAAAAUUAAAGUUUUAGAAGAUAUUUAGUCAUUAAUAAAAUUACAUAAAAAAAAUUGA